AUGCACAACCAAAGUGAUGCAGCAACAAUUAAUUCCGACCACGUAAAGACUCGGAAUUAUACGUCGGGUAAAGUGGAGUCAUUCAUUCCCAGGGGAAACAUAUACAGGAAUGCUUAUGCCUUUCAUCAAAGUCAUAUAGAGAUGAUAAGAGAAAUUUUCAAAAAAGGCCUCUUUUUAGCCUUUGAAUUGAUUAUUAACCAUGUUAUUUUUCAAAAUUUCUCAGAUGAUAAAGAAAUGGAUUGCAUAUACUCCAUAGAAGGUCAUUUUAUGGACGAAAUGGGAAAUGGGAAGUGGCCUUACCUGGCUCAGCAUCAUGAUGAGGCUCAUGCAUUUUUCCUACCUUUAAGUGUUGUCAACAUUGUGAAGUACAUCUACAUGCCGGUCAUCGACUGGCAUCGUGCUCGGAUGGUUCGAGUCGUCAAAGAUUACGUCAAUCUUAUAGCAGACAGGUACCCACACUGGAAUAGAAGCAAAGGAGCCGAUCACUUCAUGCUCUCUUGUCAUGACUGGGCACCGGGAGUUACUCAUGAUGAUCUGGAGCUCUAUGCGAACUUCAUGAGAGUACUAUGCAAUGCCAACACCUCAGAAGGGUUCAAACCGAUGAGAUAUAUUUCUGUUCCAGAAUACAACAUUUUAGACAAACUGAAGCUCAACUCAUUCACACUUGGCCAGCCCCCUGAUAACCGCUCAAUACUCGGGUUUUUCGCUGGCGGUAAAUCUCAUGGCCCUAUAAGGCCAAUGCUAUUCGAACACUGGGAAAAUAAGGACGAUGAAAUUGUUGUGUACGAGAAGGUUCCAGAUGAGCUCAACUACAUUAGGUUGAUGGAACAAAGCAAGUUUUGCUUGUGCCCUAGUGGCUGGGAAGUGGCGAGUCCUAGGAUUAUCGAAUCGCUUCGAUCAGGAUAUGUUCCGGUGAUCAUAGCAGACAGUUACGAAUUGCCUUUUAACGAUGUGCUCAAUUGGAGCAUGUUUUCGAUUUUCAUCCCGUCGAGUAGAAUACCAGAACUUAAGACCAUCUUGAAGGGAGUUUCAGAUGAAAAGUACUUGAAGAUGCAGCAGAGGGUGAUGAAAGUGAGAAGGCAUUUUGAGCUCAACCGGCCUGCUAAACCUUUUGACGUGAUUCAUAUGGUGCUCCACUCGGUUUGGAUCAGAAGGCUUUACGUCAAGUUACCACAUAAAUGA